CAUGAAUCCAUUGGUGAUUGAUAACUUCGAAAAUCUACUCCAACUGACUCCUCAGUCAAGUUUUAUGUCUUUAUACCAUGAGUACCUUACCCAUGAAGUGCACCCUUCACCGGGCAUCUCCAACCAAGUUUGCUUCCCAUACUUUUGCAAUUCCUCUGUCAAUUUUGAUCUGUCCAUGCGACCAAAGAUCCAUGGAAUCCCAGAUCAUCUACGCUCCGAUUAUAUUCCGGAGAUAUUUUAUGUAGAAUAUGGGAAAGUUAGAUCUGAUAAAAUGUUCUUUACUGACGGUUCAUGCAUAAACGGGUCCACUGGCUUCGGCAUCUUCAAUGAAAAUUCCCGUGCCUCUUUCAAACUCAAAGAUCCUUGUUCCGUGUAUGUCGCUGAACUGGGUGCGAUAUACUACGCUUUAGGGAUCAUUGAAACAUUGCCUAUCGACCAUUAUUUUAUUUUUUCAGACAGUCUCAGCUCAAUAGAGGCAAUCCGCUCAAUGAAAGUUGAUAAACGCUCAUCUUAUUUCCUAACAAGAAUAAGACAUCUAUUGAGUGUUUUGGUCGAAAAAUUAUUCAAGAUUACCUUAGCAUGGGUUCCCUCUCAUUGCUCGAUUCCGGGGAAUGAGAAAGCGGACUCGCUAGCUAAGGUGGGCGCUUCAGAAGACACACUUUUUGAAAGGCAAAUUGCUUAUAACGAAUUUUUUCACAUUCCUCGUCAGGACACACUCGUUAGUUGGCAGCGCAUGUGGAGUGAAGAUGAGUUCGGUCGUUGGUUACAUACGAUUAUCCCUAAGGUUUCGACGAAAGCUUGGUUUAAGGGAUUGAAUGUCGGUCGUGAUUUCAUUCGUGUGAUAUCUCGGCUUAUGUCCAAUCACUACAACCUAAACGCGCAUCUCUAUCGCAUUGGGCUCGCAGCAAACAAUCUUUGUGAUUGUGGCGAUGGCUACCACGACAUCGAGCAUAUUGUCUGGUCGUGUAUCCGGUUCCAUGUUGCUCGCUCUCAGCUCUCUAGAGCACUGAGAGCAAAAGGCAGACAAUCGGAUAUCCCCGUCCGGGAUAUCUUAGGUAGCCGUGAUCCUGAUCUUCUGCUUCAUCUAUACCUGUUCCUCAGAAACGCCGAUGUCAACGUUUAAUGAUGUUUCCUUCGUUGUGUCUCUGUUUCGUAUCCCUCCUAUCCGAUCUAUAAACUUUUACUUAGUCGCGGCAAUACAUACAUACACACACUCUUUACAGAUACACGGACCAAAGGUUGUGCAGUCCACUGAUGAUUCAACAAAAGCCAAAGGUUGUACCGCUCAUGACAACAUGACAACACGAGCUGAUGAUUGCGCCGGCUAGUGACCAUUCUAUCCUGGAUUCCUCGAGAAGACGCACCACGCUAGAUAUGGGGUACAGACUAGGGGGGCGUUGCUGAUUAAUGGUCAGCUGCAUCCCAAUAGGAAGUAUCCUGUGUCGGGCACAGGUACAGAUCAUUGAAGACAGCAACAUCACAAUUACGAAAACACUUGUAAUACUAACCUCGAGCCAACCGCGAGUAAUCGGUUACAUAUUACUAACAUAGUUAUAAGGCAAACAUUGUCGAAAUAUUGAACUCCCGGCCCCGUCAGGUUGACGCCAUAUGAGCCUUAAUAAAAAUAUAUAUUUUGGAUAAAAAAAAGCAGAUACAGUUUACGCGAGGAUGUUUUGAGUUUUGUUACAAGAUACGUUUCGGUGGAGAAAAAAUAUUUGGCAUGACGAGCUUUUCGGAAGAGCGUUUUUUAAACAAGAAAGAAGACAUGUGACUCCCAUUAUGCUAAACGUCCAUUACGGAAGAUGCUGUUAUGCGAAAUGUGCUGUUCCUGCUCAUUCAUCCUGUGCUAUCAGAACAGAUAAAUAAUUACAUCGCAUCACAAUCAAAUUACGUCACAUCAUAGAAGAAAUGGCGCUUGCGCCACUCCGUUUUUAUAGUUUUACGGGGCCAUUUUUUCACAUUUCUGUAAAACUCCACAGUUGUUUGAAAGGAUUUGGUAUUCUUUAUCGAUCUAUAAGAAAAAGUAAAAUGUCUAUUUUAGCGCUUGCGUCACUUUGCGAGAUUCGCGACUACAAAGCUGAAUUUGACAGCUUGUGUGCGUGAAGCGAAUGUCAACAAAGAAUUGCAAAAAGAAUGUGAUUUUUAAACGCACCGUUUUUAACGUUUUUUGCAGCAAUUUUCGUAAUGGAGCCAUCAGUCGGAGAAAAUGAAACCUGCUACGUGGCUGUGGAGUUUGCGGAUGUGUUCGAUUACGCUGCGGGUGGAAGCCGUU